ACGCAACCCUGUCACGCUAAUAGAAUAGAAAACGGGCAGCCAUAUUUUUUUGAAGAAGAAGAUAUUUGGAGAGCAAACUGAAAACUAGUCCGGCAAAAUAGUGAGAAUUAGGGAGAAAUUUGCGCCCACAAGCUAGAGCAACCGAAACAGAACGGGGAGGGAAUUAGGAACACCAGUACUUGCCAAGGACACAGCUCUCACAGGACAUCGGAUACAAGAUGGGAGAAGUCAAGUCGGUAAAGGUGGACAACUGGGGCGUCUUUUUCCUCCAGAAGCUCCAGAACUUCUUUAACAAAACGGAUUACUGCGAUCUGACGCUCCAGUUUCGGGAUAACUCACAGCUGAAGGUCCAUCGCCUAGUGCUCAGCGCCUGCACGGACUACUUUAAUGUCCUGGAGCAGACUUGCGACAUUGUGGACGAUGCCCUGAUCAUGCCGAACGAGUUCCAGGCGGACGUGGUGGUGCCCAUUGUCAACUUCAUGUAUACGGGCACCCUCGAGUUUGAGCUGAAGAUGUAUGGCAAACUGUUGCGCACCGCCAAGGAGAUGAACAUGACCGUUCUGCUGAAACUGUUGGAGGCCCACAGAAGGACCAUGGAGAAUGUUAACCGCCAGCAACGGCCCCCGAGUCCCAAGGGCAUCCGGCGUCGCACUAUACCUGUCAACUCCGGCCCACCCCAACAACGAGUUCUGGGUCCUUCGCCAAAUCGAGGAGUCGGUGCGGUGGGAAACACAGCGACCACUCUGCGACCAAACACACAACGUGGGUCCACCGGAAACACGAUUAUCCGCUCUUCUGGCGCUACCAACAACCGCACUCAGUACGCCGAGACGACCAUCAUUAAGCAGGAACCCACAUCGCCGUUUGAACAGCUACGCAAGGGAUACAACAACAAUAAGCGGCCAGCCCAGACCAGCCUGCUGUCACCGCCCUCAAAGAAGCCCAGCCUCGAGGAGGUCAAGGAAUUUGCCGAGCAGCAGCGAAUGCGUAAACAAAUAGCAGCAGAGUACGGAGAUCACGAUACGGACUAUGACGGCGGCAUGAUCUUCGAUGAUGUGCACGCUGGCGACGAUGACGAUGACGAUGUGCCUCCACAGCCCUCUACGUCCAAGCAGCAACAGUCAACAUCACUGGCAUCACCACAAGGCACCCAAACUCAACUGGAACAUGGCACCACUACCAUUAUCCUCAAACAGGACUCGCCCAGUCAAACGCCCACAAUUAUCGUAAAGGAUUCUUCCAACGCCAAGCUGAACCACACCAAGAUCAUUGCCGAAGUUCUGCGACAGUAUCCGCACAUUGUGAAGGGCCACAAGAACAUAAAGCUGAAAAUAAUGCCCAACACCACACCAACUCCAUCAUCCGAAAAGUCCACUCCGACAUCAGCAAAGCGGGCAUCGCCCGUAUCUUCGUCAGUCACGCCUUCAGCAGCCACUUCGCCCCACAAAAAGCUGCAUGUGUCCUUCAAGUCGGAUAAGAACACGCCUCUGAUUACAUCCCAGCAAAAGUCGUCCGUUGCACAGCAGAAAUCGCCGGUGGCGACCACUCAGACGAAUGCUUCUCAGGCGAAUUCCGGCGCCAACGCGGCUGCCGGGCAGAAGCGACGAAUCGAUAGCAAAACCAUGCAUGCAUUGAUCGCCCAGGGAGCUGAGAACACCACUGGUCCCUGGCUGUGCCUCAGGUGCGGUGUCAAUGGACGUCCGAUAAGCAUUCCGUCAUAUCGGGGCUUCCGCCGCCAUUUGAUUAACACACACAAAGAAACGAUCGAUUCAGCGCUUUGCGAACAUUGCGGGUGGCGGUCGAGCAACAAUAGGGAGCUCCACUUCCACAUGUACACGGAGCAUCAGAUCAAGUCGCAGCUGUACACCUUCCCCGAAUGCGCUCUGUGCAACCAGGCGUACUCCACCAAGUCGGAGCUGGAGGCACACAUCAACGAGGCGCACACCGACGACAACAAGCAGCAGUGCAUCUACUGCAACAAGGUGUUUGAGCAGGAACUACAACUGUACCGGCAUAUGAAGAGCUAUCACAAGGCGCAGGCAUUGGAGGAUGGCAUUAUUGAUGAAACGGACGAGGAGUUCCUCGGCUCGCAGGGAGAGGAGGACGAGGAUGGUGAGGCUGGUGAGACGGAAGAGGAGCCAGAACAGUCGGGCAAGGUCCGCAUCCUGUCAGACAUCAGUCUGCCGGCCACAAGUGCCAUAACAGUGCAUCAAGAGGUAGAGCAGGUGCAGCAGGAGGUCAAGUUCGUCGGCGCUGACGGCAAUGAAGUGGAGCUCACGGAAGAGCAAAGGAAAGAGAUUCUAUCUCAACUCAACCAACAACAGGCAGGAGCGGCCGCUGGCGGCGUUGUCAUGGUCCUAAGCGAGCCAGACGCUGACCAGGUGAAGCCGGAGACGGAUGAGAAGUCGCUGGCUGGCACAGAGGAGGAGUACGACGACAGCCAGAUAUACAGCGAGCUGGCGGCCGCAGACUCUGUGGAAAGUGGAAAGAAGGGCAUUGCUGACGAGAGCAAGGAGUCGAUCGAUAAUUUAGAAUGGGCAGAGAAUCUGAUUGCCGAGUCCGAGGAACAGACAACUAAAGAGACAAAAUUGGAAAAAUCUCGAGAUGACAUUAGCGAAAAGCUAAAGGAGCUGACCGGCGACUGGACAGAGGACGAGAAUGAGGAUGAUGUCGAUGACAAGCCCGCCACUGCAGAGCUGGCUAGCGAACUGGCCACCAAAGAAUCGGAACCAGCCGAGAGUCAAACUGCCGAUGAAGAGGAAGAUGACAUCGACCUGGCCCUGCAGUCCAUGCACAAGAGUUCCGAGCAACAAGCGACGACGAAAGCUGGCGACGAACCGGCUGAGGAAGAAAUUGAAGCAACCGCUCCUGUUAACAGCCAGUCGGAUAAAAUGGAAGUUGAUGCGGAUGCGGCGGCCGAACCUAAGUCAUCGGUAGUGACGGAUGUCCAGAUUAAGACGGAAGAAGGGAUUGAAACAGAACAGGAAGAAUUCAUAAAGGAAGAGGUCCCCAUAUCGGACACUAGUCUUCCCGAAGUUGAGUCGGAAGCACCUGCGGCGAGUGUUGCCCCUGAAGGUGAGGAUGAUGUGCACCUGGAAGCCGAGAAUAUUCGAAAGGAGCUUCUGGAUGAACUAAUAGCUGGCGCUGAAAAGCCCGAGGACGAGCCAGAGUCAAUUAAUGCUCCUCCAGGUGUAGAAACGACAUCGGCGGACGUGUCAACUGAUGCGGCGGAAGAGGAACUAGUGCCUCCGACACAAAUGCCAGUCGAGCAGUCCAUUGCAAUGGAUGUGGAUGACUCGGAGGCAGAGAAGCCGUCAGAAAACAAGGACGAAUCCAAAGCGGAGGAAGACACACAGCAGAUACCUUUGGAAUCUGAAACUGAAAUAGCCGAGAAGACGAAACCAGAGGCGACGACAACAUCAGACAAAGUUGAAACGGAAGAUGCACCCGCUGCUGAUAAGGUGAAGAGUCUCAUUAGCGAAUGGGUGGACGACGAGGAUGAUGAGGAUGAGAAUGGUGUGAGUGCGGCAGCGAAGGCGGAACUAUAAUUGCUAGAUUUAUUUAUGUUCUAAUGUGUGCGGAGUGCGGAGACCAACGGAGAAUGAAUUUUCGGUUUCUAUUGUAAAUUAAAUUGUUAAUGGAGAUGACGAACGAUGAUGAUAAGAUAUGCGUAUGCCCAGGCUUAAGUGUAUAAGAUCUAAUCUGCACGUCUCAUAUAAUUGUAAAUGACCCCCUGCUAUUGCGCUGCUAUUCAGAAGAAAAUCGAAAAAACUCGAUGGACAAGUCGCGCCCACCUUAAAUGAGAGAUCAGAGACCAAACUAUCCGAUAUAUUGCGAAAAAUUUUCAAACAUCCUCACAACUAACACGGCAAAGCAAGCAACCAACAUUUCAAUUUUAGAUAAACUUCUUAUAUAUAAAUAUAUAAAUACAUAUAUAUAUAUAGCAUACACUUCAAUGCCUAUUUACAUGCAUACAUAUAGAUAUAUGUAGUUACAUAGAUGUUGUUUUAAUUGCGACAAUUAAGUCAAUGAUUGAUUUUUAAUGAUUGGUUUGAUAGUGGAAUCAAAAGCGCAUACAAAAAAGGAUCCCAAUUUUUUGAUUACCAACUUAGGAUAUAAGACUUAUUAAAUAACAAAAAAAUUAAAAAUACUUUGGAGAAAGAAAAAUAUAAAUGUAGAAAAGAAAGAG